AUCGUUGGAGUCGUCUGCUUGCCGGGAAAAUGUUGAUGGCGCAGUUCUCAACACAAGUUGCCCAUACUUUAAGCAGUUUACUCUUCUUGCCGACUUCCCGAAUCCCGAUAUGAAGCAAAACUGCCCAAUAUUGUUCUCUGCAAAAUAAAAGCGAAUGUUCCAGUCCGCGCUUCACCUUGUCUGGAAGACUGAACCCACCGUGGCCCUCCCUUUAAACUGUGGCUCGCAAAACUACUACGAAAAGCGAAUAAAAUCAGACGAGCUGGAGAAAUUUUGAAUUUUUUGUAUGAAGAAGAAUGUAGCUCCUUUGUUCCUCUUAUAUUUUACAGAGUAGAAGAUUACGGAACCGAGGAGAAUAAUAUUGGAGUGAACGUAAUCCUUUCACUCUGCAGAACAGAGGAGGUUCAAUUAUCGAUGGUGGACACCUGAUUUCUUCAAGGCUGCUGCCCCUACCCUGUUAUAUAGGUAGGGCUUCAUAGGCCUUUAGAUACUAGUUUAACUACUACCUACCCCAGAAUUCAGAGAACAGAACUAUUUACCGUCUUUAGUCCUCCAGAUUCAAAUCCAUCCGUACGCCGAAAAUACCGCGGGUGGCUUACUUCUUCGGAGCUGUCCUUCAUCAAGGUUUAUACGAGUGGUCUGCCAUUUAAUCCGUUGGCGGUAACAACUCAGAGCUCCACAGACACUUAAAUGUGUCUGAGAAUAAUCCUUUCUCAUAGCCAAAAGCUGCUUCUACGUGUAAUUUUAGGCAGAAAGGGUUCAAAUAUUCAGCAAAAUAUGAGAGUUUGUAGCCACAACCUUCUUCUGUAGAAGAGGCGGAAAGCAAGGCUUGAGACUUCGCCAGUUCACACUGGAAAUAGGCUACUGACAAGAUAUAAGGUGAGACACAUUAACUCCAAAUUUCUUAAAAUAUGAGUGCCUAUAGACUACUGACAUUUGAGCUGCCAAGAUGAGGCACGUUGACUCCAGAGCUCUUUAAAAUAUUGGUGCCUUUAAUGUGUUUAAGAUAUGAACCCUUCUGUGCAGAGGAUUUGCGGACAGUUGGACCUAAACCCUAGUUAAAUAAGGCUUGCUUAAAAGAAUCUUAGAUUACCUGUUCUUAAAAGUCAAGGGUUAUGGUUGGGAACGCCUUACCUUGAGAGCGUUGGGUGGUUUACCUGAAAACUUUCAUAUGUAUGCUAUUCUACCCCAUCUGCUUUCGCUCCAUGUUCGAUAUCCGUUUCUUGCGGGUUUUGGUGCCGUUCAUCCGUUUAUUUAUUUUUGUCGUGGAUUUUUCUAUUCCAUUAAAUGAAGUUUAAUCUUUAUUCAAUGAUGUAGUUCGAACUUCCCAUCUGAUCGCAAAAGUCUGCACGUAAUAUUGUCGUUGUGUGUAUUCCCGGCCCUUGUUCAUUCUCCUUCCACACAUCUGUUUCUGGUAUGAUAUAAGGUCGAGGGAUCAAACCUUAUAAGGAAAAAUGCUGUAUAUUAACUGUAAUGCUGUAGCAUGAGAAUUGUGAAGCGUUUUGUCUGACUGAAAAUAAAAUUUGUUAAUACAUCAUAAUAUCUGCAACUAAGCUUCUGGAGUAACAAGAUUUGGGCUUGUAAAAUUAGGAAAGAAGAUGGAGUCUGGGCUAGAACGCGGAGAGCGCUUUUCAGUGGCGUGUGCGGACUGCAUGUCGGACACGUGUAUCGGCCAAUCGUGCUCUGGAACGAAUCGGAUGCUGGUCCGUUUCCUGUAUAUGGCCAUUUUCCUUGUCAACACCCUGAUUGCGUGGAUGGUGCGAGAUUUUGGUCAAAAUGCUUUCGCUCAUCUCCGUUAUAUGAGAUACUGCAGAGGAGAUCUUAUUUGUUUGGGAUCGGAGGGUGUUCUUCGCAUCAGCUUUGGUUGUUUUGUAUUUUACUUCAUUAUGUAUAUGAGUACUGUGGGUGUCACUACAGUUAAUGACCCAAGAGAUGCAUGGCAUACUGGAUUUUGGCCAAUAAAAAGUCUAAUAUGGAUUUCUUGUCUUGUUGUACCCUUCUUCAUACCUACAUCAGUAACAAAGUUCUAUGGUGAAAUUUCCAGAUUCGGUGGUGGAAUUUUCUUGUUUGUUCAGCUUCUGGCAAUUUUGAAUUUUGUUUAUUGGUGGAAUGAGAAUUGGGCAUCGGAAAACAAUACACGUAGGUGGCAGGUGUAUAUGCUAACUGUCUCUGUUGUAAGCUCUGCUGCUUCUAUAGUAGGCCUUAUCAUGAUGUACAUCUAUUUUACACCUCGGGUGUCCUGUGGGGUCAAUAUCUUUCUCAUCACAUGGACACUAAUACUUGUACUGUUGAUGUUUGGCAUCUCUCUACAUUCAAAAGUUAAUGCAGGGCCCAUGAUUCCCGGAUUGAUAUCUCUGUAUGCAGUUUUUCUUUGCUGGUCUGCAUUGGUAAGUGAACCUGAUUCAGAAGUUUGUAAUCUUCAACCACAGCUAACUGGAAGGGGUGAUUGGAUAACUCUCCUGAGCUUUGCAUUUGGAGCUUUCACAUUAGUGAUGGCAACACUUUCUACAGGAAUUGAUCCCAAAUCCUUGUCGAUGGCUACAAAAGAGAGCAGUACAGACACUAAAAUUCCGUAUGGAUAUGGUUUCUUCCAUUUUAUUUUUGGCUUGGCUUCAAUGUACCUUGCCAUGUUAUUUCUUGGUUGGAAUUUGCAGCACACUAUUGAAAAGUGGACACUUGAUUUUGGCUGGGCAAGUGUAUGGCUGAAAAUAAUAAAUCAAUGGCUUGCGGUUAGCUUUUACGUAUGGACAUUGACUGGUUCAUUGAUUCUACAGCGAUGAGAAACGAAAUUUAGACACCAACUGCUGCUUUCUCGCUUGAUUGAGGACCGCUGCCCGUGGCCUUUAUCCAUAUCAUUGUAUGGAUUUUGUUUUAUAACGGGGCACAGGGGGGCUCUUGAUGAAAUUCAUAGUUGCCACCAUACUAAAUGUAUAUCAAGACAAGCAUGGUGGUUGGUUCCUCGAAGCAAAUGGAACUGAGAUGGUCAACUAUUUAAAUGGGUUAUUCUGCUAUCCGUCAACUGUCGAAAUUUUAAUUUUUU